AUGUCCAUGCUUCUGAGCCUGGAACAGGCUGCCAACGCCGAUAUAGGCAACGCAGAGGUCCAGGCCGCAUUCUACAAGCGUCUUUUGGCUACAAACUACCCACAAAUUGUCGUUCAACGGUUCGAAACUCCAGGAAUCGCCAACUCUCCAGAAUGUACCCAGUUGUACAUGGAAGCUUUAACUAAAGUGGGCAAGAAGUCUCAGGCCGAGCAGAUAGCUCGCGAGCUUGCUUCAGGCGGCCUGGUUGGCCAGAACCAGAACAUGUCGCCCUUUUCUUACGGCAUCGGCUCCCGAUCUGAACCAGUCCACGUCAUUGUCCUGGAAUCCGGAUUUACCAUCUUGUCUAAGUGGCUAAAGUGGUUGAUUCCAGUGGCACUCUUCACAUAUGGUGCUUCGAACGCAUUUAACUACUUGGUUGAGAAUGGUACCAUUUUCCGCAACUCGGAGACCGUGGAUAAGUCCGUGGAUGUUUCUCAAUCUACUGUCAGAUUCACUGAUGUGUGUGGAUGUGACGAGGCCAGAGCAGAACUUGAAGAAAUCGUGGACUUCUUGAAGGAUCCUUCGAGGUUUACUGGUUUAGGAGGAAAAUUGCCCAAGGGUGUCUUGUUGACUGGCCCUCCAGGUACUGGUAAGACUUUACUUGCACGUGCCACUGCUGGAGAAGCCGGUGUUCCAUUCUUCUUCAUGUCGGGUUCUGAGUUCGAUGAGCUCUACGUUGGUGUUGGAGCUAAAAGAAUCCGUGAGUUGUUCAGCCAGGCCCGUGAGAAGGCCCCAGCCAUCAUCUUCAUUGAUGAGUUGGAUGCCAUUGGAGGCAAGAGAAACCCCAAGGACCAGGCCUACGCAAAGCAGACAUUGAAUCAGUUGUUGGUGGAGUUGGAUGGCUUUUCUCAGACAGAGGGAAUUAUCAUUAUCGGUGCUACUAACUUUCCUGAAUCUUUGGAUAAGGCCCUUACUAGACCUGGCCGUUUUGACAAAGAAGUGGUGGUGGAGUUACCUGACGUGCGUGGAAGAGUUGAUAUUUUGAAGCACCACAUGCAAAAUGUGGAGACCGCAGAGAAUGUCGACCCUUCGAUCAUUGCCAGAGGUACUCCAGGAUUGUCCGGUGCCGAAUUGAUGAACUUGGUCAAUCAGGCCGCAGUACACGCCUCUCAGCUUUCUGCUCCUGCCGUGGACAUGGGCCACUUUGAGUGGGCAAAAGAUAAGAUUUUGAUGGGAGCAGCCAAGAAGAAGAUGGUUAUCACAGAAGAAGCUAGAAAGAACACCGCAUACCAUGAGGCUGGCCACGCCAUCAUGGCUAUGUACUCACCUGCUGCCACUCCAUUGUAUAAAGCCACCAUCCUUCCACGUGGAAGAGCAUUGGGUGUCACUUUCCAGUUACCAGAAAUGGAUAAAGUGGACAUGACAAAGAAGGAGUGCUUCUCCAGACUUGAUGUGUGUAUGGGUGGAAAAAUUGCAGAGGAGAUGAUCCAUGGCCCAGAAAAUGUCACCAGUGGAUGUUCGCUGGACUUGGCCAACGCCACUGGUAUGGCCAGAGCCAUGGUUACAUCUUACGGUAUGAGUGACAUCAUUGGACCAGUAAGAAUGAGUGACGAUUGGGAGUCGUGGUCGCCUAAGAUCAGAGACAUGGCAGAUAAUGAGGUGAGAGCUUUUUUGGUGGAAUCAGAGUCGAGAACACGCAAGAUGUUGAAGGAAAAGAAAUUGGAGCUUAAGAGACUUGCCGAAGGAUUGUUGGAGUACGAAACUUUGACAAGAGAAGAAAUGGAGAAGAUUGUCAAGGGUGAGGCUAUCAACAAACCCAAGACCGUGAGUAAUACUGUCAUCAAAUCUACUGGAGGUGGUAGAUUGGAGGUUACUGAUCCGCUGCCAAUUCCAGCUGAAGCAUAG